GGGGGCGCAGUACGGAACUACGGAACGGUGGAAUAGAGAACGGCGCAAGAAUAGAACGUAAACAUAAUGGCUGCCGUCACGUCGAAAAAAACAACCAAAAUGAGUACAAGUUCGGCUCAGAAACAUUUGCUACGGCAAUCACAGGAUUUGAGGGAUAGUGAGGACGAACGUGUUAGUGAACCGAGUACAAGCGAUGCCAAUGACGAGAGUGAUAGUAAUGCUAGUGGUUCUGCUGAUGACAACAGUGAGGAGGAAUACUCAGGAACAGAAGAUGAUGAAGAAAAUGAGUCCGACGAUGACAUGGAUAGUGUGUCUGAGGACGACAAUGCUGAGGGGGAAGAUUGGAUGGACGUCGAUGGCCAUGAUGACAAUGAUGCAGACAACGAUUCAUCAAGCUCUGAAGACAACGAAGUCGCUGACGGUUUCAUAGGCAACUAUGCAGAUACUGAAACUGGUGAUCCAAAGCUCCAUGGCAAUGCUGGCUGGGCAGAUGCAAUGGCUAAAAUUUUGAGGACAUCGAAACCAAAAGGUAAGAAGAGCAUUGUGCUAGCUAAAGCGAAGAAGCUAAGCCAAGUCACUGCUUCACAAGCAUCACCUGAUGCAAAAGAGGAUUAUGGUUUUGAAAUUGAUGGUGAAGUAGAAGAUAAGGAUGUUAAACCAAAAGUCGAAGAAUUAGAUUUAAAACCUGACCUUGUUAAAAUCAAAGACAAAAUUAAGAGAAGAGCGCAAUUAGCUGAAGGGAAAGUCAAACCUUCCAUACUGCACCGUGAAAGAGAGCGAGCAUUGUCUAAAAUAGCAACUAAGGGUGUAGUUCAGUUGUUCAAUGCUGUUAGAGAACAGCAAAAAGAUAUUAGCAGCAAGCUGAAAGAAGCUAAUGGGUCAAUUAGAAAAGAAGAGAAAAUCUUAAAGUCCAUUGACAAAAGAGCAUUUUUAGAUGUUCUCAUGGGUAAAGCGCAAAGUGAGAGAGUGGAAGAUAAUGUUCGCAUAAAGAAGCAAGAGGUCAAACAAGAGAAAGAAGAAUCAGAUAAACCUGCAACUUGGAAUGUUUUAAGGGAUAAUUUUCUUACUGGGUCAAAUCUUAAGGAUUGGGAUAAAUGUGGUGAAAUAAAACUAGAAAGUGAUAUUGAUGAAGUUGAAUUAAAUUAAGAUUCUAUUAA